AUGCUGCUAUUUAACCCUCCCCCAACAAAAAUUAGAGAAUUCCUAUUAAUAUAAUUAAAUACUAAGACCUUAAGCUAAAAUUGCGAUGUACUAAAACCACACAAUUCCCAAGAAUUAGUGGAAUCUUAGAAUGAACUGAAAUCACACUAUGAAACAUGCAAGUAUGAAUACUAGAAAACUUAUGCUGGAAACGUUUAAAGUGAUAGCAAUAAAGAUACUGCUUCUGAAAGAAGAAGUAACACUCUCAGAAAGGAUGGAACUGCUUAGGAGAGCAAAGAAAAUUAUGGGUUUUCAACCAAAACUUCAAUUACAGAUUAUCACAUAACAGUGGGAAAUAGUAGGCUAUAAUCUCAAAAUAAUGUAUUCUUAUAAUAGAAACCAAAAAUAUCAAUAGAAAUAUCUAAAAUUUCUGGACAAUUGCGAGAUUUGAUGUCUAGUGUUUAAAGAUUUGUCACUGAUGGAAGACUACCUGAUAAUAUCAAUGAUAAAAUGAUUGACAUAUUAGCUACUUUUAGAAAAGUUGAAGAACUAUCUAUUGCAGAUCCUAAUGAGAAUGAUUCAAAAACAUUAAAUAUGGCUGAAGAUUAUAAUAAAUUAAAAGCAAUUCUCGAAUAGUUAUAAUCUAAAAUGACUGCUUUGGUCUAGGAAAACCAGAAACUAAACAAAAAUUUAGUAGAGAAAGAACGAAGGAAGAGAGAGUAAGCAGAAGAUAAAUCAAAUUAAACAAACAAGGAAUUCAAUAGAGUAUUCGAAUGUUUAUAAAUAAAUUAAGAGGAAAAUGAAGAACUCAAGAUGAAAUUAUAAUAGGCAGAUUCCUUUAAAGGUGCAAAAACUCAUCAAAAUAAAAUCAAUAAUAAUGAAAUUUAGGAUUAUAAAUUACAGAAUAUUUAAUUAUAAAAGGAACUUGAUGUGUUAGAAAGUAAGUAUAAGUAGUUGUUAUCUGAAAAAGCAACUUAAAAAUUUAUACCAAAGUGUCCCUUGAUAUUGAAAUCAAUUCAUUCAAGUACUUCAAAUUAAUCAGAAUAGUUAGAGCUCAAAUUAUUAUAGUUGCAAAUUGAAAAUGAUAAUCUAAAAGCCUAAAUGGCUCAUAAUUAGGUUGAUUCUAAGGCAAUUGACAAUAAAAAUGAAAUGAUUUAAAGACUGGAUGACAAAAUUAAGUCACUUUUGAAGGAAAAAGCAAUUUCAGAGGAGUAAUCUGUUUAAGUUUGCAACAACUUGGAAUCUUAAAUGAAUAUUAAGGAUAAGGAAGUUGUCAUUCUAUAAAAAUAAAGAAAUGAGGUUGAAAGAGAAUCAAAAGGAGAGAUUAAUAGUUAUAUUCAGCAAUUAAAAGUGUUAGAGGAUAAAUUGCAAACAUCCAAAUAAGAGAAUCAAAAUCUGUUUGAUGAAUUUAAACCAAUGGACAUAAGAAAGAAUAAAGUAUAGGAGGAGUUGAAAAUGAAAUAAAAGAAACCUGAGUAGUUGAGCCAAGAAUUAUAAUUUUAGAAAUAAGAAUCUAAAAAGGUUAUGGAUAAACGUUAAACCUUGUAGUAAAAAUGCGAUUAAAUGAACUAAUAAUUAUAAUAAUAGACCUCGAUAUAGUAGUAAUUACUUCAAUAAAUAGAUGGGUUAAAGUAAACUGAAAAUGCUUUCAAGUUAGAAUGUGAUAGAUUGAAUAACAUGUAUAAAGCAACUAAAUAGGAAAUGAAGUAUCAAGUUACAGAAUUGAAUGAAAUGAUUUAAUUAUAGGGGAGAAGAACUCAAGAGAAAGAGAGAUAAUUAAAUGAAUUAAUUGAAGAAAUGGGUGACAUGAAAGAUUAAUAUGAAGUAUAAAAGAAAGUUUGUUAAGAAAUCAUUAAUGAUUUAGAAAGAAAGAAUUCAAAACUCUAAAAUGAAGAAUUUUUGUAAAUAAAGGAGUAAGAAAUUAUUGGUUUUAAAUUAAUAAUGGAAUAAUAAUUAAAAAUGCUAGAUAAAAGAAAUGCAUUAUCAUCUUAUGAUUUUGAUUAAAGAGAGUAAUAACUUUAAGUUGAAAUUCAAAGUAAAAAUGAAUAAAUAAAUGAUUUGAAGUUAGAAAUAGAAAAAAUUAGAAGCCAUAAUUUCAAUACUUAAGAAGAACUAUUAAGAAAUGGAAUUUUAUAAAAUCAAAAUUAAGCUAUUAUAACUAAUUUGAAGAAUGAAUUAAACCAAUCAAAAUAAGAAUAAUAGGACUUAAAUGAAAUGUUAAAUAAAAGAAAAGAAGAAACAGACUAACUACAUUUGAGUUUAGAAGGAUUGAGAAAAGAUUAAUAAAACAAAAAGUUACAAUAAGAGGAUAGUAGAAAAUCUGUAUUGAGAUAACAAGACCUAUAAAUUUCACUUGAAAAUCUUUAAAGAGACAAUCUGAAUCUUUAGUAGAAAGUCAAUGCUUUAUAAAUUGAAAAUACUCGAAAACAUAGAGAUCUGAAUAAGAAGAAUGAUGAAUACUUAAACAUCAAAAGAAAAUAUGACGAAACAGUCUAGAAUUUAGAUAGAUUAGAAAGGCGAUAGGGUGAAAAGAUUGAUUAACACAGAAGAACUUGA